UUGAACUUUUAAAAACAUUGCAAAUUUCUAAUUGCAUUAAUACAAUUAUCUACUAAAGCAGAAUUAUUUAAGAUAUUUAUCCGUGAUUUGAUUUUUGCAUGACAAAUUGGUUUGCUUCUUAACUGUGUACGUACGUAUAGGUAUUUAUUUAGUUGUUUAGCUUCGCACGCCUAACCUAGUUUCCUUAAAAACAUACUUCUUGCAAAUUUGACCUGUUAUAAUUAGAUAUCGCUUAGUGUACAAUAAAAGCAGUGAAGCAAUGUCGCGUAAGAAUCAAAAUAAACGACAGACAAAUUCUAAACAAGGGACUCAAGCAAGAAUUGGAGUUUUAGUCGACCAACUCUUUCGUUUGACAACAAAACAAAAUGAAGAAAACGUCUCGCAAAAGAUGACAUUGGUCAAUCAGCUGUAUCAAGUACUCAAUGAAAUUCGCGCAUUAGAAAAAGAAAACGAAAUGGAGGAAACUGUAAACAGCCGAUGUAAUGCGACCGUCCUAUCGCGUUUCACCCAAUGGCUCACCAAAAAUGGCGCCAACUUUGACGGUAUAAAAAUCGAGGAGUUUGAGGGUUACGAGUUGGGACUGUUAGCCGAACGGGACGUAGAAGAGUCCUCGUUGAUUAUUACCGUACCAGAGGCUCUAAUGAUGACUAUCGACGCGGCAGAGAAGUCCGAGUUGGGUUAUUUACUUGAAACUGAUCCCAUGCUAAAAAAUAUGCCGAAUGUCGCGCUUGCCAUCUUUUUGUUACUUGAAAACUUUAGGGGAAAAUCGUUUUGGAAACCGUAUAUGGAUAUAUUACCCACGGUUUACUCAACUGUACUGUAUUUCAGUCUCGAUGAGUUACAAGAUUUGCAAGUGUCGUCUACGUUAGAAAGUUCUUUAAAACAAAUCGCAAAUAUCGUCAGGCAAUAUGCAUACUUUUAUAAAUUAAUUUGGACUUUCGAUGAUGCUGCUUCUCGUAUCCUCAGAAAAAAAUUUACCUUCAAUUAUUACCGUUGGGCCGUAUCGACUGUAAUGACUCGCCAAAACGCUUUUCUAUCUACAGAUGAAUCAAAGUGUGUAACAUCAUUAAUUCCCCUCUGGGAUAUGUGUAAUCACAUGAAUGGACACAUUUCUACAAACUAUAAUCCGCAACUGAAGAGAAGCGAAUGCUUUGCCAUGAAGAAUUUUAAGGCAGGAGAGCAACUGUUCAUCUUUUAUGGUGCCAGAAGUAACGCCGAAUUGUUCACUCAUAAUGGGUUUGUGUAUGAAAACAACGAGCACGAUGGAUAUCAGCUUAAAUUAGGAAUUAGUAAAGUAGAUCCUCUAAAAGAACAGCGCGUUCAACUUCUAGAAAAACUGUCAUUGGCAAAUCAGAACGAAUACGUAAUAAAAUCAUCAGAACCUCAGAUUGGCACAGAUUUAUUGGCAUUCUUAAGAGUAUUUAACAUGGAUAAAGAGCAACUCCAGUACUGGUUGGAGCAUUCGACGCCUAACAAUUUAAAAAGCCCCGAAUGCGCUUUUGAUACAGCAUUCGAAACGAAAUACUGGGGAUUUUUAUUUACUCGUUUAAAGCUUAUUCUCGCUUCAUAUAAGACGAGUUUAGAAGAAGAUACGGAAGUCUUAAAGACAACUCCGUUACCUCAUAAUAAAAGAUUGGCCGUUCAAAUGAGAAUGGGCGAAAAAAAAAUUUUGCUAUCGGCAAUGCGGUGUGUCGAAGAAAAAUUGAAAAACUAAUUUAUUACUUGUGUUUGUGAAGUUAAAUGUUGUUGAUUAAAAUGCUCAAAUGGAAAGUCUCGCCAGACAUCUUCA